CCAGCGUCGGAGCCCAACCUGAAGGUUCGCUCCCGGCUGAAGCAGAAGGUGGCCGAGCGCCGGAGCAGCCCCUUGCUGCGCAGGAAGGACGGAGCCGUGCUCAGCGCCUGCAGGAAGAGAACCGUGGAGAUCACGGUGUGCUCCGUGAGCAGCAGCAGCAGCGCCCCCGGCUCCGGGCCCAGCUCCCCCAACAGCUCCCCCAGUGCCGAGAACGGGCUCACGGGCUCCGUGCCCAACAUCCCCGCGCAGCAGCUCCUGCCGCAGCCCCGGCCGCUGCCCCUCGAUGCCGUGCCCCAGCUCAGCCUCUACACGUCCCCGUCGCUGCCCAACAUCUCCCUGGGGCUGCCGGGGCCCGGCCCCCCUCUCCCUGUGGAGCCCGAGCGCGCCCCCCCCGCGCUGCGCCCCGCGCUGCCCGCGCAGCUCCUGAGCGCCCCCUCGCUGCUGGGCGGGGGAGCGGCCCUGGACGGGGACCCCGCGGCCGGCCCCGGGUCGCUGCUGCAGCGGGUGCUGCUGCUGGAACAGGCGCGGCAGCAGAGCGGGCUCCUGGCGGUCCCGAUCCACGCCCGCCCCGCGCUGGGCCCCGGGGACCGCGCGGGCUCCGUGCGGGCGGUGCCGAAGCUGCCGCGGCACCGGCCCCUCAGCCGCACGCAGUCGUCCCCGCUGCCCCAGAGCCCGCAGGCGCUGCCCCACGGCGCCCUCCAGCACCACUUCCUCGACAAGCAGCAGGUCCCGCUCGGCAAGCUGCUGCCCAAGGCUGGGGAGCUCCCGCGGCCCCCCCCCACGCACCGCGAGGAGACAGAGGAGGAGCUGACGGAGCAGCAGUCGCCCCCCCCGCAGGACCAGGAGCCCUCCCCGCUGCCCUCGGACCCCCCCCGGGACCCUGAGGAGCCGGGAGGCAGCGGGGACGAGCCCGAUGGCCCCGAGCUGGGGGGCCCCUUCCAGCAGAUGCUUCCUGAGGCGCCGGUGCCGCUGUUCCCAGCCCCCCCGGCACUGCUGGCGCUGCCACACCCGGCGCUCGCCCGCACGCACUCGUCCCCCCCCAGCACCCAGCCCCUCCAGCCCGACGGGGGCCCCCAGCUCCGCUUCAGCACAGGGCUGGUGUACGACACCUUCAUGCUGAAGCACCAGUGCACGUGCGGGAACACCAACAUCCACCCCGAGCACGCCGGCCGCAUCCAGAGCAUCUGGUCCCGGCUGCAGGAGACGGGGCUGCUGGGCAAGUGCGAGCGCAUCCGGGGCAGGAAGGCGACGCUGGAGGAGAUCCAGACGGUGCACUCGGAGCACCACGCGCUGCUCUAUGGCACCAGCCCCCUCAACCGCCAGAAGCUCGACAGCAAGAAGCUGCUGGGUCCCAUCACCCAGAAGACGUACGCGGUGCUGCCGUGCGGCGGCAUCGGGGUGGACAGCGACACGGUGUGGAACGAGCUGCACUCGCCCAGCGCCGUGCGCACGGCCGUGGGCUGCCUGCUCGAGCUCGCCUUCAAGGUGGCGGCCGGGGAGAUCCAGAAUGGCUUCGCUGUCAUCCGCCCACCGGGGCACCACGCCGAGGAGUCCACGGCCAUGGGCUUCUGCUUCUUCAACUCGGUGGCCAUCUCGGCCAAGCUGCUGCAGCAGAAGCUCAGCGUGAGCAGGAUCCUCAUCGUAGACUGGGACAUCCACCACGGCAAUGGCACCCAGCAGGCGUUCUACAGCGACCCGGCCGUGCUCUACAUCUCCCUGCACCGUUACGACGAUGGCAACUUCUUCCCUGGCAGCGGCGCCCCUGAGGAGGUGGGCAGCGGAAUGGGGGUGGGCUUCAACAUCAACAUCGCCUGGACCGGGGGGGUGGACCCCCCCAUUGGGGAUGUGGAAUAUCUGACUGCCUUCAGGACCGUGGUGAUGCCGGUGGCCAGCGAGUUCUGCCCGGAGCUGGUGCUGGUCUCAGCCGGGUUCGACGCCGUUGAGGGGCACCUCUCACCCCUGGGGGGCUACUCCGUGAGCGCCAAGUGCUUCGGGCACCUCACGAAGCAGCUGAUGAUGCUGGCGGGGGGACGCGUGGUGCUGGCGCUCGAGGGGGGGCACGACCUCACCGCCAUCUGUGACGCCUCCGAGGCCUGCGUGAGCGCCCUGCUGGGCUUGGAGCUGGAGCCGCUGGACCCGUCCUUGCUGCAGCAGAAACCGAACGUGAACGCGGCGGCCGCGCUGGAGAAAGUCAUCGAGAUCCAGAGCCGGCACUGGGGCUCUCUGAAGCGUGGGGGGGCCCCGUGGCUCAGCGCUGGGGGGGACGCGGAGGCAGAGGCGCUCUCGGCCAUGGCCCAGCUCUCGGUGGGGGCAGAGCAGGGGAGCGGCGACACCCGGCCCAGGCCAGCCGAGGAGCCGAUGGAGGCAGAGCCCGCGCUGUGACCGAGCCGGAGCAAACCCCGGGAAUCCCCAAAAACCACCUGGAAAAACGCAGAAAAAGACAAAAAAAAAAGUGGGAAUUGGGCAGAAAAGUGGGAAAAAAAGAGGAAAAUAUUUUCUUUUUCUAUUAAAAAAGGCAGAAAAGGACAAAAAAAAUCC